CAGCAGCAGCAGCAGCAGGUGUUUCCUAUAUGACUAAUUAGCAGAGACUCCUCGGCUUUUGGAAGCAGAACGUCAUGUGGACCUGAGAAAGAAAAAGCGUUUCUACUUCUGUUUAUUUAUGGAAAAAAGUCGCCUGUAAAAGUCGCCUCUUAUCUCUCGAAGCCGGGUUUCGUUUAUUUGGUUGUUUUCAUCCCUCUGCGGUGUUUUAUUUCUGACAGGUUGAGCGAGCACGUGAAAGAAAAAUGGACGAUGGAAGCCAGCAGCCACAGAGCUUUGGGAGCGGGCAGCAGAGAGCCCAACAUCCCAGACCUUUCUUCUACGUCCAGCCGCCAUCUCAACCUUAUUACCUCUACCAGCAGUGGCAGAUGAACAACCCAUACAGUCACUAUGGUGUGCCUGGAGGUUUUAAUUUUGCCCGUCCCUGCAUGCCGCCGUACCCGUACAUGCAGUACCCCGGGUAUUUUCUCCCACAAGGUCCAAUGUAUCCGAUGGAUUACAGGCGAAUAUUUGAGCCUCGCUUCCACGCUCCGUCCUGGAAUGAUGCGCCUCGCCACCAUCACCAACAGCAGCAGCAGCAGCAGCAGCAACAUCAGCAGCAGCAGCAUUACCACCCACAGCCUCACGGGCGGCCUGAAACGGCCUGCUCCGAGGCUCAAACCGACCCCAGCGACGCCAUCACCAAGCUCAUCGAGUGCCUGGAUAAAAUCCGAGCCACUGAGCUGCAGGGCGCCGGGAGAGAGCUGGACUCUGGCGUGGCCUCACAGUCCUCAGGGAUGUUUUCUCCAGGCGAGGAGAAGAAAAGCGAAGAGCAGGGUCACACGCUGCCCUCAGUGCCUGACGAUUCUGCAGCUGUGACCUUCAGCGACUCCACCACAGCGGUGUACGACGGCGAGUCCAGCCACAGGAGCCUAGACGUCCUGAGUCCUCCGGGCUGCUGGUCUGCAGGACUGGAGGAGGAGCUUCCUCUCGACAGCUCGUCCAUUCACGAAGAGUGUCCCGAGCUUGAGCAGUCAGUGGAAAACGAACACUUCCUCUCUCUUGAGACGGCCGAAGUCGCAGAUAUCCAGUCAGAUAUCCCAGCGACGGAUCAAAGUGUUCCCACAUGCGACGGUGAAAAGCUCCUGAAGCAGAAAGUGGAUCCAGUCCUGCCAUCGUCUGCCUCUAACUCCAGAGAGCCGGGACUCACAGAUGCUAAAAGUGGCGACACAGUCUCGAAGACGGAUCAGAAAGCCGAUCCAGGCUACCAGAUCCUCAGGCUGCCUUUUGACAGCGUUUUGACGCCUGGAGAUGCUGCAGCGGCCCGUCUCCCCUCCCCCACCGCCCCCUACUACUACAACUACCUGUCCAUGCAGACCACCCACGAGAGGAUGAGCGUCCUCAGCCCGUCUCUGGACGAGCUCUCCUCCAGAGACGAGAUGUUCUCCACCGAUCUGGACGACGCAGACCUCUUCCCCAAACGCGUGUACGCCGGUAGGAGGCUGGCAGACGUGGUCAGCGGCUCUCCAAAAGCUGCCGAAGGAGUAGAAGAAGUGUGGCUGCCGGGCUCAAAGAGGUUCAUGUGCGCCUGCUGUGGGAAAAGCCUCGCGAAAGGCGCCGCAAGGAGCAAAGUCCACAGCUCCAAGGUGUACAGGGACGACGGCGGAGACUCCGAGGAGGACGGCAGGUACGGAAGAGGGUGUGAGCAGCCGGUCAGAGUGGUUGUGAGGAAGCAUUCUGCACACAGGAAACCCCACUCUGUCCCUCCGAGACACGCUGCAAAACCCUGGUAUAAAAGAGGCCAAUACAAGGAUCCCCCCAAUCCAGUGAACCAGGAGGAAAGUCACAAUGUUUGCACGCAGGAGCCGGCUGACGGUGAGCCAGAGGAGAUGACCAGCAGCGAGAUGCAGUGCAGAACAUGUCAGGACAGACUCUGCAGAGAAGAUCUGACCACAUCGGAUCAGGGCCGGUGGGGAGACGGAGACGUGAUUCCCAGGAGGAGACAAGCAGCCCCUCUGCAACGACAAGAGAUGAGUACUCAGAGGAAAGUGAUGUACCACAGGCCGAGAGACGAGGACAACGAUGACGAUGAGCCGCCACCCUUACACUGGGAGAGAGGCUCUACGAUGAGAGGAGAACCAAGAUGUUAAUGACCCCAAAGUGUGUUGAACUGUCCCCCCGAAAAGGUGUAAUUGUUUCAGAAUAAUGUGUUUAAAAUGUAUUUAGAGCACCAGGUGAAAUGCACUGCACAAAGAAGCCUAUUUUUUUGUUUAGAUAAAAUUAAGAAAAAAAAUGUAUAAUGUAUAAAGUUUCUGCAGUGACACUGCCUCGCACUAUUCAUGAUAUUUAUGAAUUUCACAAACAGGCAAAUGGGCUCAUAGGUUGAGUUGCAGAUGAUGGUGUGCCACAGUUUGGGGCCAGUCCAAUAAAAUAUUCAUUAUUUAA